UUUGUAAGAUAAUGGAUCAAGAAUAUUAUCCAAAAUUAGGAGGCUCAGCAGGAUCAAAAGGAGUCGACUAUCAACUUAGACUACUCCUGUUUCAUCUACUUCAAGGUUACCACAAAGACGAAAAUUUUAAAUUGUCUACUGAAAAUACAGAGGCCCCCCAAUUUGAUGAUGUUGUUUAUGAAUAUGAGACAGGAUUAAACACCAUUUUACUUCAAGCAAAACAUUCGGAGAAAGAAAAUCAUAUAAAAAAUGCUAACCAAUUAUUCCAAAAAAAAUCGGAAGCAGAACAAUCGAAUAAACCAAUUAGUGAUAUCCAACAAAAUUCAAAUGAAUCCAAGGAAAAAGGUGAUUUCAAUUUGUUCAAAUAUUUAAAAGGAUUUCAAAAAAUUAAAAGUGACAACAUUCAAAAUUUAAUUAUUUGCACAAAUUGUAAAUUUUCGUUAAAAAAUAUAAACCAAUCUCUAUGUGAAAAUAUUAAAAAUAAUGACAAUUUAGAAUUUCUUAGGGUACAAGAUUCGAUUUUUUCUAUUAAGAAUUCAAAAUGUUACUCUUUUAAUAAAAAUCAGCAUAAUAUUCUUGUUGGAUACAUUUCUGAGAAUGUACCAGAGAUAUCCGAAAAAGUAAUUUUAUCAUUUUUGGAUAAACUACUUUUAGUAUCGAUAUUUGAUGAGGAUUUAGAUAAAGAAUUACGAGAUUUAAUUAAACAAUUGAAUAUAAUAGAUGAACAUAUUUCUCAAGAGAUAUUUCAAAAAUUAUUUCUUGAUAAAAUAAAAACGUGGUUCCAAUCUACAAAAGGAGUUAAAAUUAAUAAAAUCCAUGUCAUGGGAUAUAUAUCUCAAAUCAAAUGUUCAAAUUAUAUAAUUUGUAAAAGAAAUGCCUUAUCUGUAUUAUUAGAUAAUACUUCAAAUACAGAUGAUAGGGCUUCAAAUUUGUUCGAUAAUUUACUGUUAAUUAAGAUUAGAAACAAAGAAACUUAUGAUCUGCACGAGUUCAGAAUUUGUCAAACUUUAUUAUACAACAAAAUAAAUAAAAAAGAUGAUGAAGAAAAUGAAGUGAAUAAAAUGCUAGAUAAAAUGUUAUUUGUAGAUCCAAAUCAACCGGUAAAUAUUGUUAAAAUUAUGAUCAAUUCGUUUGUGGUACCUGAAUUCAUUUGUUUAAUUGUCCCCAUUUUUGAGAACUCGCUUAAAUUUUCAGAUAUUGAAAGUGAGUUAGAAAACGUUGUCCAAAAAAAUAAAUUAUAUAAAAAAAUUAUCAUCGUCUCCGAUAUAUUAGACAUUGAUAAAAAACGUAUUUUUUCAAAUUUUACAACUCUUGAAGCAAAUGUUAAAUUUAGUGAUUUUUCUGUAAAUAUUCAGAAUGUAAUUCUUCAAAAAGAAAUUAAAUUUCAAGGGAACAAAAUGCCGUUACAAAACGUAAUUAAAAUGGAAAACGAGAUAGUGAAAUGGGAUAAUAUCAUUGAUGAAAAUACUUUAUUAAAAUUAGCAAUUGGUAAAGAAGAGUUAAUAGUUAAUGACUUUAAAAAUUAUGAAGAUAUUCCAUUUUAUGUUGAAAGAUACUUAAUUGAAAUUGACGAAAAUAAAUAUACAGAAUAUUUUAAACAACCAAAUCAGAUGUUGGGUUUGCACAUAUAUUGCGAACAAGAAUUUUGUUCCAAAAUUAAUAGCCAACGUAAUAUAUUUGUUGCAAUACUUGAUUCUCCAGGAAUGGGAAAAUCAACUAUUUUAAACAGAUUAGCUUUUUUGCUUCGUAAAACGUCUUAUUGGAUAAUAAAAAUAAACUUGAAUGAAUGCACUAAAAUUUUCUACAACCUUUCCAAAAAAGAGCGCAAAUCUGUAACAUUAGAUGAAUUAUUAGAUUUACUUCAAUAUCAAAAAAGAACUGAAUUUGAAGAAAAUCUUUUUAAUGUCCCUAAAAAUGUAAUUUUAUUAGUAGAUGCUUUGGAUGAAAUUUGUCCAGAAUAUUCUGAUUUAAUUUUAAAUUCACUGAUCUCUAUAGCCAGUAACAGAAAUAUUAGAAAAAUAAUUCUAACUUCUAGACCACACGUUUUAAAAAAAUUAAAAGAUACAAAUAUAGAGUGUGAUAUAUAUACUCUAAAACAUUUUUCUAACGAAGAAAGUAUUACGUUUCUUACUAAUUUUUGGGAUAAAAAAUUAAACGAGCAACAUGAUAAAAAUAAAUUGUUAAAAAUAAAAGAGUUCACAAAUAAAUUACAUAGUACUUUUAUGAGUAAUAAAGGAUGGAAAAAAAUUCAGACUCUUAUAGGAAUACCUUUACAAAUUAAAAUGAUUGGGGAUAUUUUUACAAUUCAAUGUAAUAUUUCAUUGGAAUCCUCCGAAACCCAUAUAGAAUUACCAAAGGAAUUUAAUAUAAAGUGGUUGUACGAACAAUUUAUUAAUCGACAAAAAGACAUUUAUAUAGAGGAAAAAUGUAAUGCGGCUGGAAAUGCAGCUGCAAUAAAAGCUUUAAAAAAGUCAUUUAAUGAAGCGAUUAAUGAGUGCAAAAGGGAAGCAAUCAAAUUAGAGUUUCAUCCAAGACAAUAUCAGUAUUUUGAUAUAUGUUUGUCACCUAGAAGUUGUGAUGAAAAUGAUUUACUAAAAAUGGGUUUUUUUAUAAAAUCCAAUGAAAACGUAUAUUUCGCUCAUAGAUCACUGUCGGAAUAUUUCGCUUCAUUGCAUAUUUGCGAACUAAUUCUGGAAAAUAAAAUGUCUAAAUCUUUUCUAAAAACAGUACAUAUGUAUUUACUCAAUAAUCCGUUCAUAUAUCAGAUGCUAGAAGAUUAUUCAAUACCUGAGGAAAUAUUACUGUUUAUACUUCGUUCAACAGAUUUUUUAAAUCAUAUUUGGGACAUACACUUAGUGACACUUUUUAUUCGGAAAUUCAGUUAUGAAAAAUUAUUUAGGUGCUUAUCAUACAAUAAAUUAAAAAGGAUUCAUGAAACACUUGGCAAGUAUUCAACAGUCGAGAGCUUUUUAGAAAUUCUGAAUUAUUUAGAAAACAUUGAUCUUAAAACUAUAAAUGGCAUAACACCACUGCACUUAGCAUGCAAAUACAAUUCUGAAGAAAUAAUUGACCUACUAAUAAGUAAAGGACUUUCCGUUAAUAUUCCUGACGGGUACGGAAGGACUCCUUUGCACUUCGCCAUUAACAGAAACGAAAACAUUUUAGAGUUCUUAUUGAAUAAAGGAAAUCGAAUUGAAAUUAGGGACAACAUUGGAAGAACGCCAUUACAUUAUGCAGUUCUAUCGCGUAAUAAGAGAACUAUUAACUUUUUAUUGAAUAAAGGGCAUUCACUUAAUACUAAAGAUUAUGCUGGGAGAACACCAUUACAUUAUGCAGCUAUAUUGAACUAUAUUGAAAUUACAGAGUUUUUGUUAUAUAAAGGACAUCCUAAUGAUAUAAUUGAUAUUUUUGGAAAUACGCCAAUACAAUAUCAAAAUGAAUUAGAUCCAAAUGAUACAGCAGAUUUUUUGUCGGUUACUUCUAUUCCUGAUGAGAAUAAAAGAAUGUCAUUGCUGUAUGAAUGUAAUUUGGAUCAGGACAAUUCUCUAAAUUUGUCGAUAAAUGAAUGCCUUCCCCUUUACAAGUAUAUUGGUGACAUAAAUGGAAGGACGCAAUUACACAUUGCAGCUAAAUCUGGUAAAAUUGAAUUUAUAGAGUCACUGCUGAAUAAUGGUUAUCCCAUUGAUAUUUUUGAUGAGGCUGGGAAAACUCUUUUGUACUACGCACUUGAAUCGAAACAAGACGCUACUGUUGUUUUCUUGUUAAAUAAAGGUCAUUCUGUUCAUAUUUGGGAUGAACAUGGGGUAACUGCAUUACAUAUUGCAGCUAAAUUUUGUAAAAUUGAAAUUUUAGAUUUAUUAUUAAAUAAAGGACAUCCCAUUGAUUGUCGUGAUGCGGAUAGAAAAACUACUUUACACUAUGCACUUGAAUCAGAACAAGACGGCACUGUAAAUUUUUUGUUAAAUAAAGGACAUCCUGUUCAUAUUGCAGAUGAUCAUGGAGUAACUCCAUUACACAUUGCAUCUAAAUUUGGUAAAACUAAAAUUGUAAAUUUAUUGUUAAAUAAAGGACAUCCCGUUGAUAUUAGAGAUGGUCGGGGAGUAACUCCAUUACACAUUGCAUCUGAAUUUGGUAAAACUGCAAUUGUAAAUUUAUUGUUAAAUAAAGGACAUCCCAUUGAUUGUCGUGAUAUGCAACGAAGAACUCCUUUACACUAUGCACUUGAAUCAGAACAAGACGGUACUGUAAAUUUUUUGUUAAAUAAAGGACAUCCUGUUGAUAUUGAAGAUAAUUUUGGAGUUACUCCAUUACACAUUGCAUCUAAAUUUGGUAAUACUAAAAUUGUAAAUUUAUUGUUAAAUAAAGGACAUCCCAUUGAUUGUCGUGAUAUGCAACGAAGAACUCCUUUACACUAUGCAAUUAAAUCAAAACAAGAAGGCACUGUAAAUUGUUUGUUAAAUAAAGGACAUCCUGUUGAUAUUGGAGAUAAUUAUGGAGUUACUCCAUUACACAUUGCAUCUAUAUUUGAUAAAACUGAAAUUGUAAAUUUAUUGUUAAAUAAAGGACAUCCCUUUGAUUGUCGUGAUAUGAAUGGAAAAACUCCUUUACACUAUGCAAUUGAAUCAGAACAAGACGGCACUGUAAUUUUUUUGUUAAAUAAAGGACAUCCUGUUGAUAUUGGAGAUAAUUAUGGAGUUACUCCAUUACACAUUGCAUCUGAAUUUGGUAAAACUGAAAUUGUAAAUUUAUUGUUAAAUAAAGGACAUCCUGUUGAUAUUAAAGAUGAUUAUGGAGUUACUCCAUUACACAUUGCAUCUAAAUUUGGUAAAACUGAAAUUGUAAAUUUAUUGUUAAGUAAAGGACAUCCCAUUGAUUGUUGUGAUAAACGUGGAGGAACCUCUUUACACUAUGCACUUGAAUCAAAACAAGACAGCACUGUAAAUUGUUUGUUAAAUAAAGGACAUCCUGUUGAUAUUGGAGAUAAUUUUGGAGUUACUCCAUUACACAUUGCAUCUAAAUUUGAACAAGACGGCACUGUAAUUUUUUUGUUAAAUAAAGGACAUCCUGUUGAUAUUGGAGAUAAUUAUGGAGUUACUCCAUUACACAUUGCAUCUAAAUUUGGUAAAACUGAAAUUGUAAAUUUAUUGUUAAAUAAAGGACAUCCCAUUGAUUGUCGUGAUAUCUCUGGAAAUCUUCCUUUACACUAUGCACAAGCCGGUACUGUUGUAGAUAUCUUGUUAAAUAAAAGAAGUCUCGUUCAUAAUUCUGAUGAAAUUGGAGGGUAACUUAAUUAAAUAUUACAACAAAACUGAAAACUCAUUUGUUACAAAAAAUACCAAACUACAGGAAAAAAUAAGUGGAAGAUGUUUUAAAAAAAAAUAUCUUUAUUGAAAAAUAAUUUUAUCUUCUACAAGAAAAAUUUUACAACCUCAGAAAGACAUCUAAAUUCUUAUUUUAAUUUUUGUAUUUGUUAAUAAAAUAUUUUAAUUAUAUUAGUUACUAAUUUUGAAUUGUCUGUACUCUUAUUUUAUUGUCCUACCUGUUUUUUAAUAAAAACCAAAUUGUGACUGUUUUUUAAUAUGUAAUAUAUUUUAUUUGACUUUUGACUCUAUUAUUAAAUAAAAUAUAUCGAUUUCUCUUGAUUUCUACUGAUAGUCGAUUUUUUCUGGCGGUUUAAAGAUAUAUAGGUUGACAACGCUGUGCUGAGGCAAACUAUAAUAAAAAUUAUUUUAGAAAACCGAAAAAAUAAAUGGAAAAUGUAUAAUAAAAUUAUCUUUAUUGAAAAUUAAUUUUAUCUUCCACCAGAAAAAAAUUACAACCUCAGAUAAACAUCUAAAUUCUUAUUUUAAUUUUUGUAUUUGUUAAUAAAAUAUAUUAAUUAUAUUAGUUAUCUAACUUAUUUUAAAUUGUCUAUAUUCUUAUUUUAUUGUUCUACCUGUUUUUUAAUAAAAACUAGUUUGUG